AUGGCACCGACGCUUCACCUAGUCCGCCACGCGCAGGGCUUCCACAACCUCUGCAUCGAGAACCACCAGCUCCCGGACCCGGACCUGACGGAGCUCGGCAAGCAGCAGUGCGAGACGCUGCGCGGGCGCUUCCCGCACCACGACCGCAUCACGCACCUCGUCGCCUCGCCCAUGCGCCGCACCAUCUACACCUGCCUGCUGUCCUUCGCGCCGGCCUCGGCGGCGGGGAGGCCCGUCGUCGCCGUGCCGGAGCUGCAGGAGGUCUCGCUCUUCCCCUGCGACACGGGGUCCGAGCCGGCCAGGCUGCGCGCCGAGUUCCCGGCCGCCGAGGGCAAGGUCGACCUCGGCCGCGUCGCGGAGGGGUGGAACGACAAGAGCGAGGGGUCGCCCUGGUUCCCCGAGUUCGACCGGCUGCAGGCGCGGGCGCGGAAGGCGCGGCAGUUCCUGCGCCGGCUGGCGAGGGAGGCGGGCGAGGACGGGCACAUCGCCGUGGUGACGCACGGCGGCUUCCUGCACUUCCUCACGGACGACUUUGACGGCCUCGAUGUCAACAAUGGAACUGGAUGGUCAAAUACCGAGUGCCGCUCCUACGAGUUUGUCGACCUCAACGGCGAGGAUGACAACGCGGCCCUGCAGGAGACCAGAGCCAGCUCACGGGCUCGUCGUGGCAGUGCCACUGGCUUGACAGAGACUGAGCACAUGGAGCUCAAGGCCGUAGUGAGAGAGCACCUUAAGGAUGAGUUUGGCGGGUCGAAAUAA